AUGGCUCCAAAUCUUACCCACCACGUAACGGCGAUACCUAGCUCUUUCACUGUCCCACCAUUUCACGAGAAUUCCACGAAGCCUUUGCUCAGCUCACUCAGGAACGGAAGCUGCUCUCAUCGGAAGGUGUUCGCGAUGGUCAUGCGGACACUGACCAUUUACAGCGUGGUAUGGGUGUGUUUCGGCACAGCCGUGUCGCGCAAUAAUUGUAAAGGCCUCACGAAGAUAAUUGAAAUCACUCACUUUGCGGCGAAGUCCUUGAUAGAGGUGCUAUCAGAUCGAUAUUUGCAUACCUCCCAGCCCGUUCUUCAACGUCUGAAACAGGUGGGGAGCAUCCUUGCUGGGAUAGCCGCUUAUCGAAAUGCUGAUCGGUGGUCUUUGGAUUGGGCUGUUUCCAAUGCAGUUCCACGUGUAUGGUUUUGCCUUGGCAAGGAGACGGCCACGAGCAAUUUUGUAACAAUAGAGACCCCCACAAGUCUUAUGGACAUUCGAGUAAUGCGUACGAACCCGUUUCUCUUCAUAGAAUCGCCGUGCAAAUAUGAGAGUAGAAGCUAUCCGCGGGCGAAAGGCACUGCACGGCCUAGGUUACGCUCGCGCAUCUCACUUCGUCCCACUGCCAACACCGAGCACCAGGAGAAACUCUCAUCUCCUCGAAAGGCAUGGAGCAACGCUAUUGGGAUAGUCACCACCAUUUCACGUUGUGGUGCUGGUGGUAGGUCAAUAUGGCGUAGAGACAACUGGCUUUCGGGCACCAUUACGACUGGACUCAGUGGAAUUCUCUAUGGCUUUUUCGGUGCAUGGUUGCGUGACCUUGAGGUGACUUCGAAGCAGUUGCGUGGCUGUAAUACAAUCCUACCAGGUAUUCCCGACCUUCUGAGUCCCAAAUUCAGAGGAUAUAAUAGCCGAAUUCUGAAGGGCAGUGCCUGUUUUCGUGUUCACAGAUCUAUGUUCCCACUGUCCUAUACUUCAUUUGGGGUUCCAUCCGACUUUGCUUCUGCAUGGUACCAUAGCUGGAAUCCAAAGACUGUGGUCCUUCCUCCCUCCCAAUCUGGGCACGCCUCCUUGGUCGUCCCUGACCUUUUCCUCUACAGCCUUGCCAUGCCACCUAGACAUUGGAUAACUCUUCAUCGUGGUCAUGCGCUAAUUUGGCAGCUGCGUUCUUUCACCACAUCCUUUUCGCAUAAUGGCUACGGACAGGCCGCUCCUGUACGACGGACCUCGAGCUUGAAUGCUAAUUCUGGAAAUCAGUUGGACAGAGAUUGGACGAGGACCGGAUGGCGACUACAAUAUCCACUAUUGCGACGAGAAACCCCAGUCAAUUCCAAGAGGACUGAUGAAAUAGACAUUGUAGGUGGCGUGGGAAGAAAGGUGGGAGUGAAAGGACAGCGGAGUGAGAAACGCUAUAUUCGUGGUCUUUCCCAUCUUGAGAGUGAUGUCAUUCCGCACAAGUCGAUCAUGGAUCCCGCUUUUAUUUGCGUAACGGCGACGGUACACGUGACAAAAGAUGCAGCACCAAGCAGACACGUGGUCAUGAGAUGCAUGUACAGGCGUCAACAGCCAUCAACGCCGGAAAAAGAAACAAAAGUAACCCCAUAUCAGCUCCGUUCUCACCGAGGGUGCCUUCGGGCAGCAUUGUUCAUUGUCCUCGAACGCCCCGUGACCCGCUUAUUGCAUUCACCCUAG